CCUCACCUCACCAGUUGGGGACCUGACAUGCCAUUAUUAGUCCAACCUUGCCCCCUUGUGAGCACCAUUGGCCAUUGCAGCCUAUAGCUUCAGAUGCCAGUUGCAUCUACACCCGCCCCCCUGACCUGAGGCUACGGGUUGGGAGUGAAGGGCACUGGCUGGGCCAGAAGGGGCAGGGCCUAUGCCACAGAAGUGAGGGGCAUUGGUGGAGCUAGGGCUGUCAGAGCUGUGAGUCAGGAGUGAGGGGCUGUAGCUUGGCCAGAGGAAGCAGGGGGCUGUGGGUCUGGAGUGAGGGGCACCUGCUUGGCAAGGAGCAGCUGGUCAGGGGUGAGGAGCACUGGUAGGGCAAGGGGAGCAGUUAUUUGGUGGGAGGGGCUGAUGCUGCAUUGGGGGGGGGUUAAGGGGGGGAUCCAUAGUGGGGGUGGUGAAGGGCCCCUGGGGGGUCUUCCUGUGUGGAUGGCUAAACCCCCUGCCCCUCCCCACCCAGGGGGCUGCCCCUGGGGCCUAUGUGGGGUCAGCCUCCGCCAGCAGGGGGCACCGGGGAGCCCCGCAGAAAGAGGAAGGAAAAAGGGGUUGGGGGGGAGGGAACAAGUGUAGUGGAUGGGGCAGACAGAGGGAGAGAGGAAGGGCAGAGCGAGGCAGGGCAGCCGGAGGGAGCAAGGGCUGAGGCAGGGCAGCGCCCACGGGUCCAGGCGGGGGGCGCCCUGGCGCACGGCGGCUUCUACGAGUGCGAGCGGCGAGCGGGGGGGGCCCCGGAGUCGGGCCCCGGGCCCCCCCCACGCCUGCCCAUACACCCCGGCCUGCCCGAGCAUGAGGCCUCACUGGACCUGGCUGCCUACCUGGGCGAUGAACAGCUCCUGGCAGAGCUGCUGCAAGCGCCCCCGCCCCGUGCCCCCAAAAGUGCCUCCUUCGCCCCCUACGAGGCCUGGGCCCGGCCUUACAGCGCAGCUGGCAAGGAGGAGCCUCCCCGGCGUGGCCCCCCACCCUGCGGGCACAGCGCUCUCAGCCUUCCACCCACUGGCCCUAUGCCUGCCCUGCGUGCCCUGAAGGGCCCCCCCGGCAGUGCCCUGCUGCCCUCCGCGGCCCCAGUGCCAGGCCCCCGGGGCAAGAAGGCAGUGAACAAGGACAGCCUGGAAUACCGGCUGCGGCGUGAGCGCAACAACAUUGCCGUGCGCAAGAGCCGCGACAAGGCCAAGCGCCGCGUGCUGGAGACACAGCGCCGCGUGCUGGAGCUGGCUGCUGAGAACGAGCAGCUCCAGGCACGUGUGGCCCAGCUGGGCCAGGAGCUCGACACGCUGCGUGCCCUCUUCCGUCAGCUGCCCGAGGCUGCCGGGCUGCCCAAAGGGCUGGCCUGAUGCCGGCAUGGGACACCAGCGUGCUGCUGUUGCCGCUGCGAUGUCACUUCUCGGGCACUAGCGCAUGGUGCUACAAUCACUGCUGCGAUGUCACCCCUUGUAUGGCACCAACAUGCCGUGAUCGCUACUGCGAUGUCACUCUUUCUUCACUCGUGCAUGGCACCAUCAUGCCAUGAUUGCCAUGGUGGCGUCACUGAUUCCCUGCUCACUAUUACAUGGGACUGUCAAGCUGCGGCUACCAUUGUGUUGUCAUUCCCCGUGCGCCACUGUGUGGCACGGUAAUGCUGAGGUGUCACGAGUUCCCUGCCUAUGAUGGAGUGGCAUGACUGUGCUGCGAUCACCACUGCAUCACACAUUUCCUGUUCGCUAUUGCCUGGCACUGUCAUGCUAUAAUCACUGGUGUGAUGUCAUUUCCUGUUCACUUUUGUAUGGUACCAUUGCUGUGACCUUCCCCAUGAUGUCACUACUGAGUGGCGCUGUCAUGCUGCUGUCACUGUUGUGAUUCUGCUGUCCCGGACUCCUUCACACUGGGAUCACUGUUGUGAUGUCAUUACCCAUGCACUGUUCACUUCCUGUGGCCUUUGAAAGCUCAUGAAGAUCUGCGCCAGUUAGUCUCCAAGAUGCCAUCCUGCCUCUGCUUCCUGCCUGUUCACCAUUGCAUGGCACAGUUAUGCCACAAUUGCCAUCGUGGUGUCACCAACUCCCCGUUCACUAUCACGUGGCAGUAUGACGCUGAUCACCACUGUGCAAUGAUCCCCUGUUCACUAUUGCCAUCGCUAUUCUGGGCUCGUCAUGGCCGCAUCCAUUCUUCACCGUUUACUACUGUUGCAUUGCACCAUUAUCCCACGAUGAAACCAUUCUGCACAACA